AUGUCCACCAUCACAGAGAUCGAAGACGCCUGUAACUGUCAAGGUUCCUGGGGUGCAGGAAUCGCAGAGGCCUUUCGAGACAGAUACCCCGCCGCAUACUCCAUUUAUCGAUCCCAUUGCCUGAAAUACUCUCGCAGAAAGCCCCAAUAUAAGACCGUCGAAUCAACCGACCCCAAAGGAAAACCCGUCAAAUUCCUCUUACCCACGGGAACAGCGCUUCUCAUCCCGCCCCAAGAAGAAGACUACAAAGCACAAGACGACGAAAAGGAAAGACAGGAUGGCAGGAAACACUGGAUAAUCUGCCUCUUCACGUCUCACGGAUAUGGGAAGAGACUCAGUCGUCCGGCUACGAUACUGGCGUAUACGGAGUUUGCUGUUGCGGAUUUGAGGGAGCAGCUUCAGGGACGUGGGGAACGGAGUGAGCGCGAGGGUGAGGGCAAUAUUGAGCCGCCUAGUGAGCUGUGGUCUUGUCGGUUUAAUUCUGGGCUUUUUGAUGUGGAAUGGGGUCGUUCUAGGCAUGUGUUGGAGGAGGCGGGUUUGGAGGUUACGGUUGUGAGGCCUCCGGGGGAGGAGCUUUGA